AUGACAUGUCAACUACCUAUUGAUUGCUUGCAUGAAAUUUUUGAAUAUUUGGAAGGUAAAGUCACAUUACAUUCAUGUUUAUUAGUUAAUCGUCUUUGGUGCGAAGUUUCCGUUCAAAUUUUGUGGAGAAGUAUUCGGAAUUAUCACACUUUGAUUGCUUGCCUUCCUAAUGAAUCAAGGGAAAUUUUGAUCAAGAAUGAGAUUAUGAUUUUAACGACAACUUCAAAUCCGCCAUUAUUUAAUUACAUAUCAUUUGUUAAAGAACUUCGUAUAAAUGAGAUUGGUAAAAAUAUUUAUAAGAUUCUUAGAAAUAGUCAUCCCAACACCUACAACGAUAAGUACACGGUCGUGAUACAAGAAAUAUUUAAAACGUUGAUGAAUCAGAUUUCUUUAAAAAAGAUGAACUUAUUUUAUGGUUGGGGUUACAUAAGGGAUACACCGUUUAUCACUUAUCCUGGAGCGAUGGAAUGCCUGAAAAAUCUAUCGGAAUUCAACUGUGAUUCAAACAUUCAUUCCGAAUUUUUCUAUCAAUUAUCCCAAAUCUGUAAUGAUUUACAAUCACUGAAAAUCAGGAUAAAUAGUUCCACCUCAGAUGGAUUGACGGAUUUGAUCACUGCUCAGCAAAAUUUAAAGCAUUUGACCAUUAUCAAAUCUUAUUAUUGUAAAGGUAUUUCAAACAUGAUCCCUUCAAUCACAAGUCAUUCUAAUGGUUUGAUCAAAUUAAACCUUUGUGGAAAUGGACAUCCCAUACCGUUUUCAUUCAUUUCCAAAUUCACCAAUUUACAAGAGCUCAUAUUAACCUUUAAUUAUUGGGGUUUUAAGGAUUUUGAAAAGUUACAAGACGUUACCCUCUCACAUUUACGCGUUUUAAAGUUUAAAUACGGACUUCCCAAACAUGAAUAUUUGAGGAAUUUCUUGGAGAAUAAUGGAACCAACUUGGAGAAAUUUUAUCAUCGUCUUUACGAUCAGUCAUUAAGCUUGGCAAUUGCGAGUUUAUGUUCAAAUGUGAAGUCAUUACGUACUGUCUUUUUUCAUAAUGAUUUGGAGACGUUGAAAGAAAUUUUGAAUGGUUGCCGACGAUUAGAAAGCAUGAAGGUUCGGUAUGACAAUAGUUGUUUAAGCGAGAAAGAGUUAUUGGAGGCUAUUGCAAUUUAUUCUCCCAGGAAUUUUUUUGAAUUAAAAAUAGAUUAUGAUCAUGGAUUCCAUUCAGAACUAAAGUCGGUUGAUUUGGAAUCUUUCUUCAAAAGGUGGACAAAUCGCGUACCACAAAAACCGAUAUCUUUAAUUCUUAUUAAUAAAUAUCAUGCGAAUAGUUUAGCUGACAAAAAGGAAAACAUGAGUAUAAUUGAGACUUAUACUAAGUUAGGAGUUAUUAAGAAAUUUGAAGUUAAGAAAUUAGAAUUUCAUAACUCAAUUAAUUAUAAAAAAAUAAAUCUUUAG